AUGUCGUUCCUUAUGAGAAAGUGUAUUGUGAACUUAAAGAAUGUCAACAGGUGUAGAACUGUGUGUGUGUUGUUGCAAACUGAAAGACAACUAUCAAGAUGCUCAGCCAAUAUUUUAAAGCGCAGUAUAUUGCUAUCAGAAGUCCACCUUCGACACAGGAAGUUUCAUACGAGUCAAAUUUUCAACAAAGUUGUCGCUUUCAAACUAUCAGACAUCGGUGAAGGCAUACGAGAAGUUGUUAUAAAAGAAUGGUUUGUGAAAGUCGGUGAUAAAGUACAGCAGUUCGACAAUAUCUGCGAGGUACAGAGUGACAAGGCUGCUGUGACCAUCACCAGUCGAUACGACGGCGUGGUCACCAAACUCUACCACGAUGUGGACCAGACAGCGCUGGUGGGACAACCACUUGUUGACAUCGAAGUACAGGGAGCUGCUGAUGAAGGUUCUUCCGAGACAACUGAGAAACCAGUUGCCGUUAGUCAACAGGAACAAAAAGAAGAAAAGCCCCAAAGAGUAAAAGUACUAACAACGCCUUCCGUAAGAAGGAUAGCUGCGCAGUUUAAAGUAGACUUAAGCACCGUCAAAGCUACCGGCAGAAAUGGAAGGGUACUCAAAGAAGAUAUGCUUGCCCACUUGAAUAUAGACUCGGACGGUUCUAACAGAGUAUCUGACCCAACCAAUGUGGAAGCUGUGCAAAUACCCAUGACUCCAGCUCAAGCCAAGGUCGAAGUUCUAUUGGAAGACCGAGUUGUUCCUGUUAGUGGUUUCACUAAAGCCAUGGUGAAGUCGAUGACUGAAGCAAUGAAAAUCCCACACUUCGGUUACAGCGAUGAAUACGAUGUUUCCAAAUUAGUUGAAUCCCGCGAAGCGUUGAAGAACAUUGCUUUAUCUCGGGGAGUCAAAUUGACGUAUAUGCCAAUUAUUAUCAAAGCCACUUCUUUGGGCUUGGAAAACAUUCCUGUAUUGAACAGCAGUCUUGACAGCACUUGUGAACAUCUCACUUACAAAGCUAGUCACAACAUUGGCGUAGCAAUGGACACACCUAACGGUUUAGUAGUACCUGUUAUUAAGAAUGUGCAAAAUAAAACUAUACUAGACAUAGCUCGUGAACUCAAUACUCUUCAAGAAAAAGGUUCUAAAGGACAACUAGGUCUUAGUGAAUUGUCUGGGGGAACAUUUACUCUAUCGAACAUUGGCAUUGUCGGCGGGACCUACACCAAGCCGGUUAUAUUACCACCACAAGUAGCCAUUGGUGCACUUGGGAAAAUACAGGUUCUACCAAGGUUCGAUGCUGAAGGCAAUAUAAGAAAGGCUCACAUACUGACAGUGAGUUUCUCAGCAGAUCACAGAGUCAUAGAUGGCGUUACCAUGGCACGUUUCUCAAAUCACCUAAAGAACUACCUCGAAAAUCCAUACACGCUAUUAUUGGACUUAUAG